AUGAUUGAACAUGCUCGUUGGUUUCCUCACUGUGCUUAUGCAAGACAAUUAUGCGGUGAUAAUUUGUAUCAAAAGAUUCAAGAAUCAAAACGAGCCGCACAAGAACGAUUAAAAGCUAAUGGACACCAAACAAAAACCUUUUCUAUACCAAAUAUAAAUGAAAAUUCAAACAGCAGUAAUUUAACGACGUCAGCUAAUGCAGCUGUAGCAAAUAGGGGACAAUUACAAAUCCUAGAUGAGAGUACGCUAUCAAGAUCAGUCGCUGCUCGAUUAGAUUUGCCCAUCUCACAAAAUUUAUUGAAUAAAAACUUUAAAUUAUCAAUUAUCAAACGUUGUUAUGAGGAUCAAUUGCGUCUUAAAGGUGACGAUUUUGUAAGUGAUUGUGAUCUACUUUUGGCCUAUACUAUUCUUCAAAAACAAAUUGAACACAUCGAUGGCAAGAAAGAAAACAUUAUUAUACCCAGUGUUUACAUGAAAAAAGUACAAGAACAAGCGAAGAAAGAGAGAACAGAACAAAACACAGGUCCAGUUUCCAGUAAUGCAUUAUCAUCACCUUCAACGACUUUGUCUUCAUCGACCGGAGAUGCUGAUAUGACUUCAUUGACAAAUGAAUCAUGCACACCAGACGCUUCAACAUCAUCAGUGGAAUCAAAUGCCGAUUCUGUGAAAACUAUUGAUAAAAAACGAAAGGGCAAAGAAAACGCAAAAGCUUCAUCACCUGUAGGAAAUUCGUGUGUUCUCUGUUUGGAAAGUGAAAAGGGAUUGGCAUGUAUACCGUGCGGACAUUUAUCAACAUGCGUUCCUUGUGGUCACUCUCUUCGCACUUGUCCAAUCUGUCGGCGAGAAAUUGAAGCGUUUGUUCGAGUGUACAUUUAA